AUGAAUGUCAUUCAUUGUCAUUGCAUGUUUCAGGAUGCAACACCAAUGCUAAUGAGUGCCCUUUUCCCAUCUCACCCUUGUCAGGAGGGUCACAUCAAGGAUGAUCAUAAUGCAACAAAUUUGAUGUUUUAUGUUGGCAAUGACCAGUGUGGUGCAAUAAUUCAGAAGCUGGAUUUCAACAAAUUUGCAGAUCUCAAAGCUGUGCACAUGGAUUCAAUUGGUGUGGCAGUUGUUCAACAUGCAUCUCUUGCCUCCAAAAGCCCAUCUUCCCACAAGAAACAAGAAGCAUGCAAUGGAUGGAAUGAUAAUCUGUGCUUGCUUGAUAGCAGCCAGUGUCAUCAGCUUCAUGUGUGCAACAAGUGUUCAAAAGAUGGGCACAAAGGACCUUGUGAAAUGGUGUUCAACUACUUCUCACAUACACUUAUCCUGUGGAGUCCAGUGGAUUCCAGUGGCCCAGUUGCUAGGCCAGAUUGGCUUACACCAUGCCCAGUCCAGUCCAGUCCAGUCCACUGGACUCUCACUGGACUACAAGCCACUUUCCUGAGUCCAGUCCCAGUCCACUGGACUCUGAGUCCAGUCAUAGUCCACUGGAUUCCACUGGAGUCCAGUGGAGUCCAGUGA